AAAGCAUCUUCAAGCUACAGCCUGAAGAAGAAGACGCUUUCUCAGUCACUACUCUGACCACAGGAAAAUGACCUUUCGGCUCUGCUAUCUGCUUUCUGCCUGGAUUUUUAUCCUCCUCAUUCCUGGCCGCUCUGAAGGAGGGAAACUGCUGGUGGUGCCCAUGGAUGGGAGCCACUGGCUGAGCAUGAAGCAGCUAGUUCUCAAGCUCAAGGAGAGAGGACAUGAAGUGGUGGUGCUUAUACCAAAAGUAAGCUGGCAGAUGGGAAAGGGACAGUCAUACAUUGUGAAAACAUACCCAGUGGAUUACACAUUAGAAGACCUGGAUAAUUCCUUUGCAGAGUUUUUAACUGUUCACCUGAAUGGCCAGCCUUUCCCACUGAAUGCUCUGGCACUCUACAAUGUCUCAAAACACACUUUCAGAAUGUUCCUUGUUCAGUGCAAGAACCUUUUCAGCAGCACAGAAACAGUGAAGUACUUGAAUCAAAGUGGCUUUGAUGCUCUUCUUACAGACCCUAUUGCUUUGUGUGGAGCAACACUUGCUAAAUACCUUUCUCUUCCGUACGUGUUCUUCAUGAGAGGAUUUCCUUGCAAUCUACACUAUGAAGCAUCACAGUGCCCAAGCCCUCUGUCAUACGUCCCGAGACUGUUUACAUUCAACUCAGACAACAUGACAUUUUUCCAGAGAGUGGAAAAUGCGUUGAUUGCACUCCUGGAGCUUGUGUACUGUAAUGGUUUCUAUGAAGAUGGAUUAAAGCUUUCCUCUGAAAUUCUUCAAAGAGAGGUAUCCCUGGUAGACCUGCUGAGCAGUGCUUCCAUUUGGCUACUGAGAUACGACUUUGUGUUUGAGUAUGUCAGACCGGUGAUGCCCAAUAUGGUCUUCAUUGGAGGUGUAAACUGCGCUCAGAGUAAACCACUAUCUAAGGAAUUUGAAGCCAUCGUGAAUGCUUCUGGAGAGCACGGCAUUGUUGUCUUCUCACUGGGCUCCAUGGUCUCUGACAUUCCUAUGAAGAAAGCCAAACAAAUCGCAGAUGCUUUGGGAUCAGUCCCUCAAACGGUUUUGUGGCGAUACACAGGAGAGGUGCCCCCCAACCUGCCGAAGAAUGUAAAGCUUGUCAAAUGGCUGCCACAGAAUGAUCUUCUAGCUCACCCUAAGACUCGUGCCUUUAUUACCCACGGAGGCUCACAUGGUGUUUAUGAGGGCAUAUGCAAUGCAGUGCCAAUGGUACUAAUGCCUUUGUUUGGAGACCAGAUGGACAACGCGAAGCGAGUAGAGUCACGGGGAGCAGGACUGACACUGAAUAUACUUGAAAUGACUUCAGAAGACAUGUCUAAUGCCUUGAAAACAGUUAUUAAUGAUAAAAAGUACAAGGAGAACAUCAAGCGUCUCUCAGAACUUCACCUCGACAGGCCCAUCCACCCUCUGGACCUGGCCGUGCACUGGGUGGAGUUCGUCAUGAGGCACAAAGGGGCCCCACACCUGCGACCUGCUGCUCAUGACCUGAACUGGAUCCAGUAUCACUCCCUGGAUGUCAUCGCCUUCCUCCUGGCCGUGGUGUUCCUCUCCCUCUUUAUUUCUCUGAAGUGCUGCAUGUUCUGCUGCCGCAGGUGCUGCUUUAAGAAGGGAAGAACAAGCAAGCCAACCAAAUCAAAGUCCCACUAGUGGAUGAAAACAGUGGUGGGAGACAAGACCUCUGCUCCAGACCAGAAGGGUCAGAGAACAUCUCAAAUUUCACUAAAAUAAUUACUAGUUUCCAAUCAGGAAAUAAUAUCAUUCUUUUAAACUAGUGCCGCAGGAAGAGUUGUUUCAUUGGUGUAAUUUUUAUCUUUAAUUAAGAAUUAGUUUUUAAAAAUAAUGUGUAUAAUAGUACUUCAGUCACUUGGGAAGAUAUUGUUGUGAAAUCCAAGGCUCCCGGCUUCCACUUCUUGGUGUACAGAGGACUCAUGGUGACAUUUUUUUUAACCUCUAUAUGUAAGGGAGACAUACAGGGAUUUUCACAAGCCCUUGCCCUUCACAAGGGCUUUGGGAGAACCACUUGCUCUAGUGUAAGACUGUCAGGUUUAUCAAGCACUUUGAAAUCCUUCUAUAGCUGUUGUUAUGGAAGAGGCAAAUGUUAUAAUCUGACGUUAUGUGUCACAUAAGCCAAGCUAGACGCACAUCUUAAAUGGGCUUUGUGUGUGUUUACAAUACCCUGAGCUUGAUUAAGGCUUCAACAUGAAAGUGGUUGUAAAGCCACUGGUGUUUCACCAAGUUGACCAGAAUUCUGUAUCUGGAGCUUACCAGUUGGGUGAUGUGAUCUGUGGAAGUAUUUUUAAAAACCCCUCUGAUUUUGUAAAUGAUGCUAAGGUAAAGACCCAAACCCCAGCCCUAUAAAUAAAUCCCCACUACUAACA